GACUCUAACAACGCGGAGAAAUCGAGUGAGGGAAAUGUGCAAGCAGUUUAAAGUCGCCGAAGACGUAGCUUAUACAGUAAACAGAAGACAUUACUAUUUCUUCGAUUACAACGCUACUGUGUGCGCCGUGCCCAAAGCAGGUUCGUCGACAUGGAGGGUGCACGUGAGACGAAUCAACGGUGGUCCUCCAGCAAACGUUUCUGUCGAGGAUGACAAACGUCGACAAACGUUUCUUCAGUCUGGUCUCCGUCAGGUGGUGGCCAGCACGGUCUCUUCGUCCACGCUUAUUAUGUCUGUAAGGCACCCACUAACACGCCUCGUCUCUGCUUACCGGAAUAAAUACGAUGAUGGUAAGCCUAUGCGAGGUUAUAACAGAAAACGAAAACAUCUGCUAAUUCUUGCUCUCCCGUGCACCUUCCCGUAUGAAUACAUCGUCAAGACUGAAACGUUUACUGAAGACCUGGAUUACGUUUUUGGCGCGCUGAGGCUCCCAUCCAAACCCAGAGUCGUCCAAAAUCAGAUCAAAUCCGGCAGAAAUAAGGAUAAGAAAGACCUCAGAUACUACAAAGAGUACCCAGGAUAUCAGAAGGCAAAUCUACGACAUUUUCAAAAUAGACUUCGAGAUGUUUGGAUACGAGUUGCCGCCGAGUUUUCUCAAGGGACCCUGAGUGUAAAAUUAUUCAAAUUACGAACUUAA